UACCACCUCGUUUCGGAAUCUCCACCCAGCGCAGCAGCAUAAAAAUCGUAUCAUAAACGUACAGAAACAGACGCGCGUGCGGAUUCUUCAAAGGAAACAGUGUUAAUCCGGAACGCCAACGGUUCGAAAAAUGUCCGACGACGAGGAGCUAGUGUUUGCAAAGCGGCCCCGCACCAUCCACUAUGGUUCGCUGGAGGACUCGGAACGGGCGCGCCAGAUGGCGGACUCGGGUGGCCCAUCGGGGAGUUCCUCCGGGGACAUUGGCCAGAUUUACACUUCCAGCGAUUACUUUGACCUGGAGAACGAGGUCUCGAAGGAUAAGGCAGCGCUGCUGGAGGAGUUUGAGCGGAAGAAGAAGGCCCGGCAGAUUCACGUCAGUACGGACGAUUCGGAGGUGAAGCGGAACCUGCGAGCGUUGAACGAGCCGAUUUGCUACUUUGGGGAGGGGCCGGCGGAGCGGCGCAUUCGGUUGAAGGAGCUGUUGGCCGCGCUGGGCGAGAGUGCGAUUCCGACAAAGAGUUCCAAGGAUGACGACAAAAAGCAGUCGCAGUCGCAGAAGUUGGAACAGGAAUCGACGUGGUACCACGAGGGACCGGAAGCGUUGCGGAUUGCGCGAAUUUGGCUGGCGAAUUACUCGCUGCCAAGGGCGAAGGAACGGCUGGACGCGGCGUCGGAACAGCUGAAUCUGCCCAGUGCCACCAAGGCCGGCCGGAUGGUCGAGCUGCAGAAGCGGAUCCAAUCGCUGGCUCCGAUGUGCAGCCAGGUCGGCGACGUGCGGCCAAUCACCAAUUGUAGCUUCAACCACGACUCCACGCUGCUGAUGACGUCCUCGUUGAGUUCGCUGUGCAAGGUUUGGUCCGUUCCGGACUGCAACCUGGUGCAGACGCUUCGCGGUCAUCAGUUUUACGUGAGUGCGAUCGCGUUCCGGAACGGAGUCGCCACCGAUUCUAAGGGCGAGGUCGCCAUGGCCUCAGGGUGUUACGAUGGAACCGUCAAGCUGUGGUCGUUUGACAGUGAAGAAGCCGUCGCGGAUAUCACCGGGCACGUGCCGCAUCGAGUGGCACGGCUUGCCUUCCACCCUUCGGGACGCUUCCUCGGAACGGCCUGUUACGACUCGUCCUGGCGGCUGUGGGACCUCGAACAGAAGCAGGAAGUCCUGCACCAAGAGGGUCACGCCAAAGCCGUUCACUGCAUCGCAUUCCAGAUCGACGGAAGCGUCUGCGUCACCGGCGGCCUCGACGCCUUUGGCCGCGUGUGGGACCUCCGCACCGGUCGCUGCAUCAUGUUCCUCGAAGGUCACCUGAGUGGCAUCUACGGCGUUGACUUUUCCCCCAACGGCUACCACAUCGUGACCGGAUCCCAGGACAACACGUGCAAAAUUUGGGAUCUUCGCCGGCGCAACCCGGUCUACACGAUUCCGGCGCACACGAACCUCAUUUCCGACGUCAAGUACCAGAAGAACGGCGGCCACUUCCUGGUCACUUCAAGUUACGACAACACGGCAAAGAUCUGGUCAAACAAGACGUGGCAGCCGCUCAAGACGCUGUCCGGCCACGACAGCAAGGUGAUGAGCGUGGACAUUUCGCCCGACUCGCAGCACAUCGCGACCACCUCGUACGACCGGACCUUCAAGCUGUGGAGUCCCGAAUGAUGACGUGCUGUACCGGCGUUGGUUGGUUUGGUUCUGAAUAAAGCGUUUGUAUGGCUUGUUGCGAGAAAA